GCGGCGGCGGCGGCGGCGGCGGCGGGGCCGGGCCGGGGCCAGGCGCUGGGGGGGCCGGGGCCGGAGCCGGAGCCGGAGCUGGAGGCGGGCGAAACCGGAGCGGCCGGGGGCGGCCAGGGUGAUGAGCCGGGCCUGGCGGACGCGGCGCCAUCGCAGUCAGAAAGAACAGGCCCAGCAGAAGGGACUCGCUGAGCCACGGCCCGCUCUGCUCCAUGUUGGCUGUGCUCUCAGGCUGGCGCCAUGCCCCCUCCCGCAGAGGUGACGGACCCAUCCCACGCCCCUGCUGUCCUACGCCAGCUCAAUGAGCAGCGGCUCCGUGGCAUCUUCUGUGACGUCACCCUCAUAGCUGGAGACACCAAGUUCCCCGCUCACCGCAGUGUCCUGGCUGCUUCAAGUCCCUUUUUCAGAGAGGCUCUGCUCGCUUCAGCCCCACUGCCCCUCCCACCAGUUACUGGGGGCUCAGCUCCCAACCCUGCUGCCACCACAGCUGCCUCUUCUUCCUCCACCUCUUCUUCCUCCUCCUCUUCUUCUUCCUCCUCUUCCUCCUCCUCCUCUUCUUCCUCCUCCUCUCCCCCUCCAGCCUCUCCCCCUGCUUCAUCCCCACCCCGAGUCCUGGAACUGCCAGGGGUCCCAGCAGCUGCCUUUUCUGAUGUCCUCAACUUCAUCUAUAGUGCCCGGCUCGCACUACCUGGUGGCGGAGGGGACGGGGCAGCUGUAGCAGAGAUUGGAGCUUUGGGACGGCGUCUGGGCAUCUCCCGCCUGCAGGGCCUAGGGGAGGGAGGUGAUGCCUGGGUCCCUCCCACCCCAGCCCCCAUGGCCACCUCACAGCCUGAAGACAACAGCUUUGGGCCUGGGCCUAGGCCAGCUGUGGAGUGGGAGGGUGACAGGGCUGAGGCCCAGGCCCCUGACUUACAGCCCCCAUUGCCCCGGCGGCCCCUCCCCUGCCCUCGAUGUGGAAAAAGCUUCAUCCAUCCCAAGCGGCUGCAGACCCACGAGGCCCAGUGCCGACGGGGGGCCAGCACUCGGGGGUCUACAGGGCUGGGGGCUGCGGGCUCUGGCCCCGGUGGUCCUGCAGGAGUGGAUGCCUCAGCUCUGCCCCCACCCGUGGGCUUCCGAGGCGGCCCCGAGCACGUGGUAAAGGUGGUGGGCGGCCACGUGCUGUACGUGUGUGCGGCCUGCGAGCGGUCCUAUGUGACGCUGUCCAGCCUGAAGCGGCACAGCAACGUGCACUCAUGGCGGAGGAAGUACCCCUGCCGCUACUGCGAGAAGGUGUUUGCCCUAGCUGAGUACCGCACUAAGCACGAGGUGUGGCACACCGGGGAGCGCAGGUACCAGUGCAUCUUCUGCUGGGAGACCUUUGUCACUUAUUAUAACCUGAAGACCCACCAGCGAGCCUUCCAUGGCAUUAGCCCGGGCCUCCUAGCCAGUGAGAAGACACCCAAUGGAGGCUACAAGCCCAAGCUCAAUACUCUCAAGCUGUACCGCCUACUCCCCAUGCGGGCAGCCAAGCGGCCCUACAAGACCUACAGCCAGGGAGCUCCAGAGGCCCCCCUUUCUCCAAACCUCAACACACCGGCCCCUGUGGCAAUGCCAGCCAGCCCACCACCCAGACCUCCACCUGUCCCAGAGCCUGGUCCCCCACCCUCUGUCAUCACCUUUGCUCACCCAGCCCCCUCUGUCAUUGUCCACGGGGGCAGUAGCAGUGGUGGAGCGGGGGGUGGGCUGGCCAGCACAGGAGGGUCCCAGGCCGCCUCGGUCAUCACUUACACUGCUCCCCCGAGGCCUCCCAAGAAACGGGAGUACCCACCUCCUCCCCCAGAGCCUGCAGCCACACCCACCAGCCCAGUCACAGUGGUCAGCCCAGCCACAGCUGCAGGGCCAGCCAUGGCCACCGCCACAGAGGAGGCCAAGGGCCGGAAUCCACGGGCUGGGAGGACUCUGACUUACACAGCCAAGCCAGUGGGCGGGAUUGGCGGGGGCGGGGGUCUCCCUGCAGGGCCCGGCCGGGGCCCUUCUCAGCUACAGGCUCCACCUCCACUGUGUCAGAUCACUGUGCGCAUCGGGGAGGAGGCCAUUGUCAAGCGCCGCAUCUCAGAAACUGACCUGCGUCCUGGGGAGCUGAGUGGAGAGGAGGUGGAGGAGAGUGAGGACGAUGAAGAGGAGGAGGAGGACGAGGAGGAGGAGGAGGAGGAGGAGGAAUCAAAGGCUAGUGGGGAGGACCAGCUCUGGAGGCCCUACUACUCAUACAAGCCUAAGCGCAAGGCUGGAGCUGCCGGAGGUGGUGGUGGUGGCAGUGGGCUGCCCCGAGGCCGCCGUCCACCACGCUGGAGGCAGAAGCUGGAAAGGAGGAGCUGGGAGGAGACCCCAGCAGCUGAGAGCCCAACACGUGCCCGCACAGAGCGGAGGCACCGCUGUGGGGACUGUGCACAAACCUUCGCCACCCUGAGGAAGCUGCGAAAGCACCAGGAGGCCCAUGGUGGAGGCUCCCACAGCUCCCGGGCUGGACGGAGGCCUUCUACCCGCUUCACCUGCCCCCACUGCGCCAAGGUGUGCAAGACAGCAGCUGCUCUGAGCCGCCAUGGGCAGAGGCACGCUGCUGAGCGGCCGGGGGGCACCCCCACACCUGUCAUUGCCUAUUCCAAGGGCAGCGCUGGCACCAGGCCUGGGGAUGUCAAGGAGGAGGCCCCCCAAGAAAUGCAAGUCUCCUCAUCCAGCGGGGAGGCAGGCGGUGGGAAUGCUGCUGCUGAGGAAGCUUCCGAGACCGCCUCACUCCAGGACCCUGUCAUUUCAGGGGGUGAGGAGCCCCCGGUGGUGGCAGGAGGGGGCAACUAUGUGUACCCACCUGUGCAGGAAUUUCCACUGGCCCUCAUUGGGGGUAGCCGGGAUCCUGGUGGUGGCAGGGGAAAACUUGGGAGUGAGGGGCCAGGGGGUGCUGGUGAGGGGGACCGGCUAGAAGGGAUGGGGGCUGCCAAAGUUACCUUCUACCCUGAGCCCUACCCACUCGUCUAUGGCCCUCAGCUCCUUGCUGCCUACCCUUAUAACUUCAGCAACUUGGCUGCUCUCCCGGUUGCUCUCAACAUGGUCCUACCUGAUGAGAAGGGAGGCGGGGCCCUUCCCUUCCUACCAGGGGUCUUUGGCUACGCAGUGAAUCCUCAAGCAGCACCCCCUACUCCCCCAACACCACCACCCCCAACUCUUCCUCCACCCAUUCCCCCUAAGGGAGAAGGGGAAAGGAAAGGGCUUGAGAGAACCCAGAAGGGAGAUGUGGGGUGAGCUCUGGGACCAGGUCCCCUUUUCUCCAGAUGCCACCCUCCCUGAACCCUCCACCACUACCAGCUCCCUGGCCUCCCUGCCCCUUGGGAGCCCCUCCACACUCUUGUGCAGGGACUUGGGGGCUCUUGGAGCUCAGGCGUCAGGCUGCUUUGUGUGAGAUUGUAGUUUUCCCAUCUCCUGGGAAGGGAUCUUUGGUGGUUCCCCUCUCAAGCUUCCUCCAGGGAAUGGCCUCCAUGAGGGGCAGGGCCAGCUCCCAUCCUUUCUCCAGCCCUUGGGGCAACUGAGCAAUAUACUUAUCUGAAUCUCUACUCACGGCCCCCACCAGCUCUGAAUGUCUAACCUGCUCCUCUGAUUUGUAAACCUAGGGGGAAACCAUCUCUCUCACCUAAUGAUUCCCCCUUGUUCUGAAGCUUUCUCUAAGCCCUCCCCCAGAUGCUUCCUAGCACAUUCCAUUCUGUAUGGCCCAGGGCCUGGACCAGACCAUUGUGAAACCUGAACCCACACACCUGGGAGCGUGGCUUUGGAUUCCAUUCUUCCCAAGGGUGGGUUUCUCUGUCCCUGUCUCCUUUGCGUGAAGAUGCCAUGCCUUCCUUGGCUUCCAUGCCUUUGGAUCUUCCAUAUUCUUCCCCAUACCCCUAGACUUUGGAGAUGGCCUCUCCCAGUCCAGGUCAAGGAGGUGUUGGGGGGAGGGCUACCCCUCUGUUCAUAGCUGAGCACUUUCCCAGCCCAGGGCAGGGAAAUCUUGACCCCCAAAUCCAGUGAGCCCCAGAUUCUUCCAAGGCAGAAGAGGUGAAUAGGUCACACCUCUUCCUGCCUCUACCUAUGGCCUCUUCUGGGCUAAACCAGAUUUGGGGGCCAGGAGGGAAGAGCUCCGUGUGGGAUGGAGAAGGGAAUCUACUUUCUCCCUGUUUUUUUCCUGAUGGUUUCUCCCAGACUAGACCAAAUAGCCAGAAAAAAGAUGGGGGUUGGAUGGGUAGGUAAGCCCAAGAUUUGCACAUGACCUUCCAUCCUUACCUUUACCCUCAUCUUCCCUCACCAAUCACUCCAGAUGGUUUUGGGGGAACCAUUCUACUCUUCUGGUGGGCUUUGGGGUGUCCCCACCAACUUUCCCUCCAGAAUAGCACCUUAUACCCCAUCUUUGACUCAGUUCCCCACACCCAAAGAUCCCAGCCUAGGGAUGGGGUGCAGGGACCAUAGUCCCUAAUCCCUAAUUUGCACUAGUUAACCCUGGUCAGGGGUCCCUAUACUUCCUUCCAGUGGGGGAGAUGAAGAAAUGUUUGCUCCUAAUUCUCUUUGAAAACUGGGCCUCCCUGCUCUGUGAUUGGAUGAACAUUUCCCAUCCCACUCACCUCCCCACCAAAAAAACAGCUCACAAGGGAGAGCCUGUUUGCGGGAGCAAAUUUGACAAAUGGGAAUUAGAGGAGUGCAGUUUAAAAAGGGGAAAAGUUGCUGUCAUCAAAAUGGCAGCCUUUCCCCAGCUACUGUUUUUUGGGGCCAAGAUGGCUGCCCUUGCAGCAGUUGCUGGGAGGGCAAGAUCAUGGCUUCUGGAGGGAGGUGAGUUUAGAGGAAGAGCCAGGAGCAUCCUCCUGCCCCCUCUUCCCCUCCCAGCCCACAGGAAAGGGGAAGUUUUCGACAGGCUCCCUGAAUGUUAACCAUGGAGGAGACACUCCUUCAUUCCUCUGUCUCUUUGCACUUUUCUUGGUCUUGGCCACAGCCUGAGUGAAGAAUUUCCUACUGAAUGUACCAAGUUCCAAUUUUUAAGGGGGCGAAAAGUUUCAAACAGGGAAAAAUGCAAAAAAAAAAAAAAAAAUCACUAAAAAUUCUCACAAAUCUUGUUUCUGGCACUUUAGAAAAACAGAAAAAUACAUAAUAAAGAAUACGUAUAUAUAUCUACACACAAAUUAUAUAUAUCUAUAUAUACAGUGGAACCACAAGAGAGACUGAGGAAGGCCUAGAGGCAGGGGGCAGAUGUGAUGACAGUGCCCCUGUAUCCUUAACCUGUACUCCUCUCAGGCAAACAGGCAUGGAACAAUGGAAGGAGUUGAGGAUGGAUUGGGGAAUUUGAAUUUCAGAAUAGAUCAAAAUUCCAAACUAUGGACAUUUUGGGAGAAUUGAGAUUGUAGACAUUUAUUUUUUUUAAAAUAUGAUUAAGGAAAAUAGCUUCUGGAAUUUGGUGGUUCUGGGCAACAAAUGAGAUUGUGGCUAAGUGGAGAUUAAAAUAUAUGUAUCUGAGCUGGGGAAUUUGAAUAUUGUGAGUUUCAGAUGUUGGAAAUAUGGGAUUUUGCAGUUUCGUCUUUUGAAAAUGAUCAAGUCUUGUCAGUUUGUGCCCUCUUUCCCCACGUUCCCUGGGAAGAAGGGUGACGGCAGAGUGGGAAGGCCACUGGUUCUGUGCCACAGCACGCAGGAUUUAGAAUUCUACAGACUCUAGCUCUAUACGUAGUGAGGACCCAGAUUUAGAGAAACUGACCAAUAUUUAUCUCCGAUUUGUGUGUGUGUCCAACUCUCUAGGCCAAUAAACCAACAAGACAAACAAACUGUGCUCCACA